AAGGUCAGCCAAUCAGAUGAACGGAAGUUUACCGUUGCGGUAAUCCGGUUCAGAGACGACAAGUGCGGCCGACAGGAGCUGAACUCAGUCACAAUUUUCAGCUCCGUGAGCCCUAAAAGCAGCAGUCUUUACCGGCUAACCACCGAGCUGAGUGUGUGUGCACACUGCCAUGGUGGACUGAUGUGUGUAACGACGAGACUCGUUUGCACAGGAGGAGAUUUUUUUUCUUUUUUUAAGCUAGUUUGUACCUCCAGUUGGUGAUGGUGUACACAGGGCUGGAUGAGCAGCGAGUAGCCUGACGCCUCUUCACCGCAGGCCGGGACAAGCGUUUCAGCUGAGUCCGGAGGACCAAGACAAGCAAAUGCUUCCAAGUUUUUGACAAUAAACGAGGUACUUGGAUACAGUCGGUCUGCUCCAAACUGCCUCACCAGUUCCUGCUGAAAGUGAGACCCAACCAGCUUUCACGGUGGAAACGAGAAGAAGAGCAAAGAUGAAUGCUGUGCGGGGGGGCACAGUCACCUGGCGUCCCCAGCCAUGGCAGGACGGAGACGGGGGCGGAGGGGAGCCUCUGUCAGACAGCGACUCAGAGGAGGAGGACUUCCCCGAUGACAGCACCACCCCGCUGGGGGACUACAUAACACAUGGACUGAAGCAACUCCUGGAUGCUCAGCAGUUGUGUGAUGUUACCCUCCUUGUUGAAGGAAAGAAGUUCAUGUGUCACAGAGUCCUUUUAGCAGCCGUGAGUCCGUACUUUCGGGCCAUGUUCACCAGCCCGCUGGUGGAGUCUCGCCUCACAGAGAUCCGGCUGGAGGAAGUGACGCCAUCUGUCAUGGAAACCAUCAUCCAGUUUGUGUACACUGGGGAGGCUGGGCUCUCUCUGGAUACAGCUGAGGAUCUGUUUGUGGCUGCCAACCGGCUUCAGGUCAUGCCCCUCCAAGACCUGUGCUCCAGGUUUCUUUUUGAGCACCUCUCAGUGGACAACUGCCUGGGGAUGUACUCUCUGGCUCGCUCUCACCAUGACCAGCUCCUGCUGCGUGCCUCCCUGCGACUGGUAGCCCAGCACUUUCCCCGGGUGGCCCGCCAGAAAGACUUCCUCCUGCUCGACCACGGCACCUUAGGCAGUCUUCUGAGCUCUGACCGUCUGGGCGUGGACUCGGAGGCGGAGGUAUAUGACGCGGCACGCCGCUGGGCAGAGCACCAGCCUUUGGAUCGCUACGCUCACAUGCCGGCGCUGCUUCACCACCUGCGGCCUGGGCUGUUGUCCCAGGAAGAAAGCCGAAGACUGAGCCAAGAACUGGGGCCAGCAGCAGCAGGAGAAGGCCUCGGCGGGCCUCUGAGACCACGAGAGGGAAUGUUUGAGAAAAAGAUUGUCUGUGUGGACCUGACGCCUCGGGAAGAUGAGUAUUUAGCUGCAAGAGACUACACGGUGGACUGCUUUGAUCCUCGGACAGGGAAGUGGGAGAAGCUAGCACCACUCGGCUCACUUGUCAGUCCUGGCUGCACAGCUGUGGGCGACAGGCUUUUUGUAGCUGGUGGGAUCCUGCGGACCGGCUCUGUGUCUGCAGCCGUGCAUGAAUACGAUGCUGUGUUGGACCGCUGGAUAGAGCAGCCUUCGAUGGUCCAGCCCCGGGCCAUGCUAGGCCUCCUUGGAUGUGGAGAGUCACUUUAUGCUUUGGGUGGCAGCAACCGCUCAGCUCUCCUGGACUCCAGUGAGACUCUGGACCUGACCACACUUCAGUGGAGUCCUGGGCCUCGGCUACCGCUCCCCCUGCGCGCCUUUGCCUGUGCAGCACUACGUGGAAGACUUUACCUCCUGGGUGGAACCACACUUGAACAGAACCGAGCUGUGGUCCACUCAGGCGUGUUUAUUUAUCACACCCUGACAGACUGCUGGACACGUGUGGCACUAGAUUCAGGUGCCACCUGCCUCGCUGGAGGAGUAGCAGUGCGAGGUGGAGUGUGCGCCAUUGGGGGAUACAUGAGGGAUACCACCAAGUUCCUGGAUGGAAACUACACCAACCUGGAGACAUUAGACGCUACAGGCCGUGUGCUGUUUUUCAGAGAAGGCAGAGGGUCAGGAGUGGAGAGGGAGGUGACUGGGGGAGGGGUGCUGGUCAGUGCAGAGCAGCGAGGGGGAGCGGGUGGUGGAAGUGACCGAGCUCCAAGCCCCGUCGUUUUUCCGGGGUUGCCUCGGCGGAUUGCAGCAGGGGGUGUGGCCAGGUGGAAAAGAAGGAUUUAUGUGCUGGGAGGGGAAAACGGCUCACGCUUUUACGACAGCGUUUACUGUUGGAAACCCGGCUGGCGCAGCUGGGUCCAGAGACGGGAAAAACUUCCAGGAGAUACCGGAGGCGUGAGCCAGUUUGGGUGCACCACUCUAAAAUUCCCUAAAAAACACAUCCUGUCCAGACUCAGACUAGCCAAAGAAAACUGCAAGAAGCCCUCUGACUAGCUUAGCAGGCAGCAGUGAGACUGAAGUGAAGGGUCAUAGACACAGAUUUACUCCAAGGAGAAUCAGCUCCUCCAUGGCUUCUUGAAAUGUUGAAUUUUAAAAUGAAGUCACGUGGAAAAUAGCAUUUUAUACUAUCUGAGUGCAGCCACCAAGCAGGCCUAGAAUAGACUGGAUCAUCUGAAAGUGUCACAGAUACAUCAGUAGUCAAACAGGCAGUAGGUAGAGGCAGAAACUGGGGAAAAGUCAGGCAACGUGCACCUGAAUGUAACUGAAUCCACUGUUUGUCCUCUAUGACCCAGAAAAGGGCCUUCACUUGAUUGAAGUGUGAUGUUAUUUUUAAGCUUUUUGUUGCUGUUGUAAUAACUCUGAAUUUGUGGAUUUUCUUUGGACGCAUCUAGUUUAGACACAAGGAUACUGGCACAUUCCUGUCCACUUUAUUUCCCUAAAUCUUUUUUAUUGCUCUCCUGAUCUCAGCCUGCAAAGCCCUUUGAUACUGCAAUUUACAGCACACAAAACCUGACUUGAUGGAAAAUGUAUUGUAGAAAGUUUUAGAAUAACUGUAUUUAUAGAGCAUCUUUGAAAAAAAUCAAGAAAUAAUGGGUUUUGAAAGAAAGAAAGAGAAGAAAUGAGCCCAUAAAUCAUUGAGCUGAUUGUAAAAAUAGAUAAUGGACUUUCUAUAGCCUUUGUAGUGUUGCAUUCCUGAAGACAGGAAUACAGAAAGUAAUGUAAUGUAAGGAGAGCAUGGAUAUGAGUUUCUAAGUUUCCUGUGAGUUGAAAGGAUUUUUGAUGGUGUGAGAAACAAGAGUGAAGAACAGACUGGACCUGGUACACAAUGUUUGAAGUCAAAGAUGACACACACACAUCUGGGAGUCAUUUCAAUGAAUUGUGUGUGGAGGAUUUCAGAGCAGCCAUUGUCUCAGCCAUGUCUGACACUUUUCUAAUUAAGAUGCAAAAUGAAGGUUUUUGUUGUUUUCACGGAUUCAUUUUGAUCCUAGGUUACAAAACUACAUUAAACAGCUUUUCUAAUGGCUCCAGCCCUUUUUUUCCCUUUUUUUUAAAGAUCAACAAUAGCAGGAAAUUCUUGGCUGAUAAAACUUUGAAUAACAAGCUGAUAUGUUUCUCUUUUCAUCUGACAUAAAUCAUUUAGCCACAUUUGGCACUGAUACCUGUGAAAGCCAUGGUACUUGCCGGGAUGCCAAUAUUAGUCAACUAGGCCAUUACAACAAUGAAAGGCCAAUUCACCUUGUUUUUUUGUUUUUUUAAUGAGUUCUGAUAACUUAUUAUGUGAUAACUUAUUUACUGUAGAUAACUUAAUUCUAAUUAUUUACAGCUAUUUAAGUUUAUUGUUUUUAAUUUAUUACAUAUUCCCUAUCGUGGCCCUGCUGUAUUAUCUUAACAACCUCCGCGUGUGAGCAUGAUUGGGAUAAAUAUUGUAGACAAAGAGUUUGUUACCUAACAGAAGUAAAUUUUCCUGGUAAUUCUGACUAAUACGUUUAAAAAACAGUUUUAUAUUUGUCUGAAACCCCAAUGUUAUCCUUUACGCUAAGCUUUGGCGCAACCCUUCAAGUCACUCCCUGUAUAAACCAGACUCUUUUAGCUCCGCCCUCUUUACGCCAGCUUUCUUCUGACUGGCUGCCCCUCGUAAACAAAACAUCUGACAGCUACAGCUGUGUGUCUGAGAUGAGCAUCUCAGUGACAUCAUACAAAGGCAAGAAUAGGGAAAAAAAAAAACAAGACGUGAAGCUCUGGUCACGUAACAGUACAUGUAUGCCAGAAAGUAAUGAAGAGAAUAAUAUGUCCUCUUUAAAAGUGUUUUGGUUAGAAAACACUUGAGUGGGAGAAAUGGAAAAAAUGAAAGAUUGUAUUAAAACAUACAGUGAGUUCUUUUAAUCAGCUGAACAAGGACAUCAGUCAUUCAGUGGGAAACUGUCCUGGAGGAAACUUUGUAGUUAAUUUUUAGUUACGUUGCGAUGAUGUGAUAUGUAAAGCCCUCUUAGAAUUUGACCUACAGUAUCCUUGUGUCUAGACUCUGUUACAUAUCUUUCCUCCAUCUCGAAGCCAGUAGAGUGUCUUUGCUUGAUUCAGCAGACACGUGGAGCUUCAGCCGUAGGACUUUGAAUGUACUUGGCAUGGAGGUUAUGGAUUAUCUAAACACACAUCGAGUAGCAUUGCACGUUAUUUAUUUUUAAAAAAAGUAUUUUGUUGUUUCUAAACAUUUGUGUUGAGACUGCACUUCCUGGAUGUCCUGUAGGUCUGCUCAGAAAUGAUCUGCUGUGACUCACUGUGGCGCACUAAUAAUUAUUCAGAUGCCACAGAGAUUAGAUCAUGGUCAGGUUUUGUUUUGUUUUAUUCUAAAUCUGCUUUUCUCCACUUUCCACUGAUAAAUAAUUUCAGAAUCCAAAGUCAAACCUCCCUCUUAUCGUUCCAGUUGAACAUGUUGCACUAAUAGUUUCUCCUUCAAGGAUGGAAAAGUGGAAUUUCUCCAAUUUUCCCAGCUCGCUUUACAGGCAGCAAGUUAUUUCUAGUGGCAAUAGCGACUCCCUAGGCUGUGCAUCCAGAUUAAAUACUGUGGUCUUUAUUUUAUGUAGUGCAUACUAAAUGAUACUUUGCUUACUUUAAUUUAUUCCUGCUUUAUAUGUGUUAAAUACAUGGAUGUGAACUGAGUUUCAGGAUUCCCUUUUCCUCUUCAUUGCUGAUAAUCAGUCCAGUUUGGAUAAUAAUUAUUACCAGUGGUUUGUUGGUAGAGGUGAUUCCAUAUGUUUUUGGGAAAUGACAAAUUUUUAAUAAAUUUGCCACCUUCUUUGCCGUAAGUUUGUACACCACCACAGUGGAUCAUUUUCUGUCACUUAUCAAAUUCAGGGUUGCGGUUGGGCUGGAGCCAAUCCUAGCUGUCAUAGGUCAAGAGGUGCAUUACACCCUGGAUGCAAAUUCAGUCUAUUGCAGGGCUGACACACAGACUCUUUCACAUCUACAGGCAAUUAAAAAAAACAAAACAAAAAACACCAGUUAACCUUUGAACUGUGGGAGGAAGACAGAGUAUCCAGAGGGAACCCACACAGAUACUGGAAGAACAUGCACACACAGAAAGGCCACAGACUGGAUUUGAAACCAGGACCUUUUUGCUGUGAGGCGACAGUGCUAAUCACUGCACCACUCUUGAAGUGCGGACUUUCAGCUUUAAUUCAAGGUAUAUAUUGUGUCUGAAUGUAAUGAUUGUUUUUUUUAAUACUUGGAUAAAAUCCUUUGCAGUCAAUGACUUCUUAAAGUCUAGAACUCAUGGAGAUCACCCAAUGCUGUAUUUCCUCCUUUGAGAUGCUCUGCCUUUCAAGAACAUCCCAUUUCUUUGCCUUUAGGAUUUCUUGAGUUGCCUUUGCGGUUUGCUUUGGCUCAUCAUCCGUUUGCACGGUCCCAUCAGUUCUUCGGUAUUUGUCUGGGCAGAGAGUACAGCUCUGUACACGUCAUAGUUCAUCCUGCUGCUUCUGUCAGCAGUCACAUCAGCUAUAAUGAUGAGUCGCCCAGUUUCACUCUCAAGCCAUACAUGCCAAUACCAUAACGCUGCCUCCACCAUGUUUUUCAUAUGUGGUGAGCUGUUAAUCUUGGACGUUCAUCCUGGUUUAAUCUGUCCGUAGAAUUUUUUUCAGAACUCUGCAGGCUCUUUUAGAUGAUGUCCAGUCUGACUUUGUAGUUGAGCAUAACCAGUGGCUUGUUGAAAACCUGUAUUUCCAUUCAUGAAGAUGUCUCUUCGUACACAAAACUCCUCAGGAGUGCCCUUGACUUGAUUAGAUGUUGUGAAGUUGUUUUGCUUAAUCAUGGAAACAAUUCAACAUGAACUUAAGUUGUCUUCUGGUUCUUUCAGGCCUUUUGGUGUUGCUGGUUCAGAUUGUUGAAUUUGUUCACUCCUAACUUUUUUUUCCUUUUAAUUAGUCAUCAAACAACAUCAUCUGCCAUAACCCUGCUUUUUAAGUCAAUUGUCCAGUUACGUUUGAGCCUUUGGAAAUGGAGAACUGCGUAUAAAAGCAGCUGUAAUUCCUAAACAGUUAAUGCAAUACUUGUAUUAAACCCCUUGAAUUGUAGCUGGAAAUCUGCACUUUAAUCACAUUGAUGGUUUAAAAUCCACUCUAGUACUGUGCUGAAACAAAACUACAAAAAAAUGCCAUUCCACAAAAACGUAUGCACCCGAUGUUUCACUUUUGCUUCUUCCUGCCUUUCACUGAGCCACUGCCAUUAGCUGAAAUAUGACCACCAGUAGAUUUGCAGCUUUCUCUUCUCCCUCAGGUGAGAGGGAAAAAAGGUCAGUCCAACCUGGCGUUGAAGUUUCACGGAAGAGCUGGUAAUGCGAGUCUCUCAUGAUGAGACAGUAAUGGUUUCUGCUUACGGUUUGCCACUUUAGACAUUUGAUAUGGAAGAAUUCAUACCAGAGUGUGUCUGACCAGUGAGGGUUUCUUUGUUCAUUUUGUGUUUCCAGAAAACUCCACACUACACUGCCUGUUAAUUAUUUCCCCUGACUUUCUCUGAGCUGUCACCCCGGAAAUGUCAGACGAACUGAUUUCCUCUCCCUCGGUGUGCUUACAGCUCGUGUGACAUGUGAAAAGUGACUGUACGCAUGCAUGUUUUCUAUGCUGAGGCGUAAAUGUGUUCUACACAAGCUUUUCGCACACAUCCACGGCUCACAUGCCGUGCGCCCAUUCAAAGAAGCUGCCCUCAUUUGUAUUACUUAAUGACAUUUGUGAACUGGAAGGCAAAUGGAUGCUUCAAUGGAAGCAGCGCUAUCAAAUGAAUAAAGGACUUUUUUGCUUUUG